CAAAAUGACGUUCCUACUAAUAACACUGUACGCUUUUUUGGUAGCUGUUAGUUUUGGCGGCAAAUUACCUUCUGGUUUUAAAAAAUGUAACUUAAAACAAACCUCUUCGCGUCUGUGUUUGCCGAAAGCUAUCGAAAGUGCCUUAAGGCAGAUGGACCGUCCCAUAAAGUCAUUGGGUUUAGUAAGUCUAGAACCUUUGGUAAUACCAUCCUUGACCAUAGACGCCGGUUCCCAGUAUGUAGCUGCUAAACACACUUAUCAAAAUCUGAGAGUGUCGGGUUUUAACGAAACCACGUGUUCCAAAGCUGAGUUUAACUACAACGAGAAAACUUUAAAUCUUGACUGCGUCGUGCCAAAUUUCCGAAUGGACUUCAACUAUGAGAUACAUGGGCAAAUUUUAAUGACGUCUGUUUUUGGAAACGGGACGGGAUGGAUUAUUUUCCAGGAUAAUCACCUUGGGCUUACUUUUAAAUUGGGAGAAUAUGAAAAAAAGGGUAAAACGUAUUUCAGUAUCCUUCACCAACAACUUAGUAUGCAACCACGGGUUAUUGAUUUUGAUGUUAACAAUUUGUUUGAUGGUGAUCAAGAAUCAGCCGAUCGUGUGAAAAAGAUCCUUAAAGAAAAUGUUCUGGAAAUAUAUGGUGAUCUCAGAGAUGGUUAUGAAGAAGCUUUUGGAAAAAUUUUUGCUUAUAUUUUUGAAAAGGUGUUGGAGAAUGUGCCUGUUUCGGAUAUCUUCGGUUAAAGAUCAAUGCCGGUGUGUCUUUUUUUUUUCGAAAAAGGAAACAAGAAAUCCGCAUUUAAAUUGACCAGAAUAAGGUUACAUCACACAAAAUACAAACAAAUAAUGUAAAUCGUUAGCCAGUUUUUUCUCACUCACCUUCAAAAGUUCGGUUAAGAUUGUCGUUAAACCGACGCGCGAUUGUACCUUCCAGAGAUUCCAAAAUGUAUAGUCUUCCAAUAAGGUGCUGUAAAUUUUAAUUGUCGCCUAUUUUUGAGACAUU